UUUGGGCGCACAGAACAAUAUACUCUCUACGAGAGUUUGGGCGCUUUGUUCUCUUCUGUGUUGGGUUGAAAGUUGGGAUUUUUUUAACAACAAUGGAUAUGUACGCAUUUUGCAGUGAAUUGCCAAAAAUUGAGUUACACGCUCACUUAAAUGGGUCAUUGAGUAAGUCAACAAUGUUACAAUUAAAAAGACAUUAUGCUGACUCUAGCCUUGAUGACAAAUCAAACAUAUUUUUUGACGAGUUCCAAAUUGGUGCUGGAGACACUAGAAAUUUAUCCAACUGUUUUCAAGUCUUUGGCAUUGCUCAUGCUUUAACAAGUACACCAGAGACAUUGGAAAUAGCAACCAAGAUGACGCUUCAAGAAUUUGAUGAUGAUGGAUGUUGUUAUAUCGAAUUGAGGAGUACUCCUCGUGAUACUCCACAUAUGACUAAGAAACAAUACAUUGACACUAUUGCUCAAAGUAUGCAAAAAGUCUCAGUUCACUUGCCAAUUAUGUCUCGUCUCAUAGUAUCUAUAAAUCGGAGUCAUCCUAUAUCUGAAGCUGAAAUUAUUACGGAUUUAGCUAUUGAAUAUCACAAGAAGUAUCCAGAUGUUGUUGUAGGGUUGGAACUAAGUGGUGAACCGACAGUUGGAAAAUUCGAAGACUUUGUACCUUGUUUUACAAGAGCUAAGGAGUCUGGAUUGAAAAUUACAUUACACUGUGGCGAAGUUUGUAAUCCGGAGGAGAUAAUUUGCAUGUUGAAUUUUAAGCCAGAUAGGAUUGGUCAUGGAACUUGCAUCCAUCCAAAUCAUGGAGGUACGGAAAAUACAUGGGCUUCAUUAUUUAAAACCAAAACACCUGUUGAAGUAUGCCUAACAAGCAAUGUCAAUACAAAAUCAGCACCAGAUUAUGCAUCGCACCAUUUUAAAGAAUUAUAUAAUGCCGAAUUGCCUGUUAUUUUAUGUACUGACGAUAAAGGUGUAUUCGCGACAUCUUUGUCUCAAGAAUACAGAAUAUGCGCAGAAACAUUUGAUUUGGAUCAAACCCAACUAGCUCGAUUAGCUUUAAAUGCUUGCCAGUUUAUAUUUGCACAAGACUUGAAGAAGCCCUUAAUGAGUAAAAUACUUAAUUUUAUGGACAAGUAUUCAUUGUAAAAUACAAUCAUUUAUUAUUUAAUAGUAUUACUAAGAAAUAUC